AGGGGUAAGAGACUGCUUAAUGUAUUAGGAACUUGAUUCAUCCUGGUUAGAGCAGCCCGCGCUUUCCCCGGACCUCUUCGUAGCGUUGACUACGGUACCAGGGUAGGUCGCUCCCAAGAAACGAAUAGCCCAAGCUACGACUCGCAGGAUCCAUGAACGGCAUUCAUUGCAGCCACGGCGUUCCAUUGAUGGUCCACCUUGUCCGGUCAUGGUGUUGGGCCGUCGACUGACUCGAACUGAAGAGGCGAAACGGGAACAGUCUGUGCGUGCUGGCUGCAUCCAUGUCCAUCUCGGUUCUUCCUGGCGAUCUUCUGGGGUUUCCGAUCUCGAGGGCUAAACUGACGUUCAUGCAACGUUAAAUGGAUCGGAUCCCCAUCCUGAUCGCCAUGUUUUCUUCUCUGUUCUCAGCAAGUCUGCCCAUCUUGCUCCCUACCCCUGACCUGUAUCAUGGAUCCGACAACAGCUGCUAGGAACUUCCCGGGGGACAAGAAGCGCCAAGAUGAGUUGAUUAUUACCUCUGUGGUGAUGACAGCUAUGGCUGCUCUCUUUGUAUUGGGACGAUGCAUCAGCCGCUUCAUUUUGAUCCACAACCCCGGACCAGAUGACUACCUGAUGAUAUGCUCUCUGCUGCUUACCGUUGGCUAUGUUGUCAACUUGUUCCUCCUCAGAGCCAACAACAUAGGCUUCCCGAUGUCGACGUUUACGCCGGACAACAUGGUUAACUUUAUGAAGAUAACCCUGGCGAUCCAAGUCAUGUACUACGCGAAUGUGUUCUGCAUCAAGAUAUCCAUUCUGCUUACCUACCUCCGUUUCGCGGUGUCCAAGACUUUCCGAGUGGUUUGCUGGGGCACCAUCGUCCUCCACGCCGUGUUUUUUGUCACCUGCGUACUUGUCACGCUGCUCCAAUGCUUGCCCAUCCAGAAAAUGUGGGAUUUUGUGGGCGCCAUCGAGGGAUCAUGUAUUGACAGGACAGUCUUCUUUUACUCCACGUCGGGCUUCAACAUCAUAACCGACAUCUGGAUCAUAAUCAUCCCCAUCAAGACGCUCCACUCGAUCCAACGCCCUCGCCGGGAGAAAAUCGCCCUCUUCCUGAUUUUCGGUGUCGGCACCUUCGCCGCCGUAGCGUCCAUCGUCCGCCUUCACACCAUAUACAUCUACACCCUGUCAGCCGAUCCCUUCCGCGACGGCAUCCCCGUCAACCUGUGGUCCAUCAUUGAAGUGACAAUUGCCAUCAGCUGUGCCAGCGUUCCGGCCCUCAAGCCCCUUUUCAGCAGUCGCCAGAGGCGAGCCACGCGCGCUGCCAAGUCGUCUGGGUCCAGCUCUGGCCCCCGAUACGCACGGUCCCAGACGGCAUACCGUCACCAUGCACGGAUCGACAGCGACGAUGAUUCGGCAAAGAAACUGCAGAUUCAGCAAUCACACUCGAGGUCCAUUGUGCAUGGCUCGGAUCAGCAGUUGCCGGUUGAGCUUAAGGGCAGAGACAUUGGGGUGCGGACUGAUGUAGUCGUGGUCUAUGAUGAUAAGUGAUGGCCAUUUCUUGUGUAAGAAAGACACAAAGGGCAGGCUAACGAAGGGACAUAUACUGUCGAUUGCUUCUUGUAGUUAGGAACAUAAGGUCAGGUAC